AUGUCGACUGAGGAAACUAUAGGUAAUACUGCGGCCGCUUCUGUGAAUGACAAACCAUUCAAGUUUGAGGGAUCUAAUUUCAAACGUUGGCAAGCUAAGAUGAAAUUUUUCUUAACUUUGAAAAAGGUUGCCCACAUUCUGACUGAGGAUAUCCCUGUUGUUCCUUCUGGAUCAACCGACCUAACUAAUGGUAAGUCAACUGCUGAAUCAGACGGAACUUCCAAAAAGUCUGAUAUAGACUCUGCUGCAAAAGCUAAAUCUGUUGCAGAUAACUUACAGCUCCGAAAAGAAAUUUCCCUAUGGCAAGAAUUUGAUUACAUAUGCAAAAUCCACAUUCUGAACAGUCUUGCUGAUCACCUGUAUGAUUACUACAGUAAUUACAAGACUGCCAAACAGGUUUGGGAAGCUCUGCAAAAGAAAUAUGACACUGAAGAAGUUGGUGCAAAGAAAUAUGCUGUAAGCCGCUACUUGAACUACAAAAUGGUGGAUGAUAAGCCAGUGGAAGCUCAAAGCCACGAACUUCAGAAAAUUUCUCAUGAAAUAAUUACUGAAGGUAUGCCUCUAAAUGAACAAUUUCAAAUUGCUGUAAUCACUAACAAACUGCCCCCUGGUUGGAAAGAUUUCAAAAAUGUGCUUUGCCCCAAAACAAAAGAAUUUUUGAUCGAGAGUCUGAUUACUCGCUUCCGAAUUGAAGAGGAAGCUCAGAAACAAGAUCAGAAAGAUGAAGUCUUAGUUGUUUCUAACAACAAAAAGAGAUUUGGUGCGGUUCUGAAGCCUACUGGCAAACCACUAAAGAAUCAGAACCGUAAUGUUGUGAACCGAAUUAAGAAUGGGAAUCCCUCUAGGGCCCCAUCUGCUCCAUUUGCCAGGCAGCAAACACCACCUCAAAGAAAUGACGCUUCGGUUUUCACUUGCAACAAUUGUGGAAAACCGAGUCAUAUGGCAAAAAAAUAUAAGAGCAGGCCUAAACCUGUUGUUGACUCAAAUGCUCAGAUUAACAUGACUGAUGAGCCAUUUGUUGCUAUGAUCACUGAAGUCACACACAGUUGGUGGAAGUGA